AAAUGAGAAACUCAAGCGUAUCCAUUAAAACCUUAAGCCACACAUUGAACAAAAGAAUCAUAAUGGAAAAAUGGCUGCUUCCUCCUCCUCCUUCCUAGUCCCUUCUGCUUCUCCUCCCUCCUCCGCCCUUCUCCGGCGCUUCUUCCGCCCCUCUUUGCUUUCUUCUAAGAUCCUUCACCGUCUUCCCCGAGUUUUGAAUAGUUCCAGCAGGACUGAAGUAUCCGUUGAUAAAUCAGAAGCGGAUAAGCUUGUCGAUAAGAUUGACUUUGGGGAACUAUGCAAUGAGUUUGAGUGCACAAGUAGCCCCCAGGUCGAAUCCACUGCUCGACAACUUGCUCGCGACAUUCUUGAAAUCAGAGAAAGCAACCGCGCCUUUGCUUGCUACGCUGUUUCUGUUAAAUUUAAGGAUUCGGUCAGAAGUUUUACAGGUCGUGAGAAGUAUAAAAGACCAAUGUGGAUCACUAGUGGGUUAGAGAGUCCCACUGUGACGAUACAGGAGAUGGUGAUGUUAUCAACCAGCGUCUUGCGUAUUAGAUGGACAGUCAAAGGAAAACCCAAAUCUAUUCUUGGUGCUGUAAGUGGAGAUCUGGUCAUCAAAGUCAAAUCUGAAUUUACUCUUAACCAGAUCAGUGGCCAAGUGAUUGAGCAUGAAGAGUCUUGGGACUCAUCCUCAUCUUCCCCUAUUGCUCAAGCCUAUUUCUGGACAUCCCGCCGCCUCUUUGCUGCUUCUGAAUCCGCUAAAGACUUGGCCGAUGCCACCAAAGACAUAACCGCCACUUUCACAACUCGGAAAGAGGAUACAGAGAUAUAUCGUGAUCCAACCGAUCCUACUAAGUAUUUCCAAAGAGACGACAGCUUCGAAAGAGAUUUCUAUCAGGUUGCAUUGUUUCUUGCAAUUGUCUACUUUGUUGUACAGUUCUUGAGGAACACUCUCUAAUUGUCCCUCCUCUCUCUCUCAUUCCUAUAUAGCAUAUAGUGUAAGUGUCUAUACAUUGUAUUAUAUGAUCUGUAUAAAAACAGAACAAGAAAAUAGAGAUGUGUUUGUGUUGAGUAGAAUUGUUACGUUAUUCAUCUU